GAAGAAGAAGAAGAAGAAGAAGAAGACAGCAACAGAACUUGGUAGAUGCUUUGAACUUUUCUGCGCGAAAGAUGAACAAGGAUCUACACCUUAAAGUUCAUGUGUCUAUCCAGAAAGGAUGCUCCCUGCCAGCUCUGCAACGAUGCAACAAUUGCUGCUUUCCUGCCAAAUAUCAUUGUCCGUUUUGUUUACCAUCCUUUUUCAAACCCACCAAACCCUCCAGAGCUAGGAUUCAUCUGACCAAGCAUCUGAAGAGAGCCAUUACUGUUGGAGAGUACACAAUCCACAAAUGUGCACUGGGGUGCAGAAACCAGCCACAUUACCACUGUUUGUACUGCACAGCCACGCUGAUAAGGACAAGUGAUUUCACUCGUCAUCUAUCAUUCUGCGGCAAGCGGAGAGCUGAAAAAUUACCUCAACUAGUACAGACGGCCACGACACAAAGAGUUGAAACUGAAGGAAUGAUUGCCCCAUUGCUGACCCCUGGACGGGAUGACAUCCCUUCAUUUGUCAUAAAGAGCAAUGAUGACAGUAGCGAUGGAAGCGACGACAGUGAAGACAUAGCCAUCAUCUUGGAUUCAGAUGACCCAAACAGCCAAGGAGCGAGCAGCAGCAGCAGCAGCCGGUUAGCGACUCCCAUCGUCGACUCUUCUAAAUGUGACCGAACUGUACAGACAAACAUUGAAAAACCACAGGACUGUGAUGAGUACUACUUCAUGAGCCUUGUGAAACUGUUUAAAAAGUUGUCCCCUCAGAAAAAGUCAGAGGUCAGGAUGAAAAUUGAGAGGCUCCUCUUUGAAGCUGAGUUUGAGUAGGAAAAGGUUUACACACUCACACUCACACUGUUACUGCUUAUUACAUGUUUUAUUCAAAGAAUUGUAAGGAGCAGAGUUUUGGUAUCUUUACUUUAAUAUGCCUUUUUUAGGGGGGGGGUCAAACCAUGGAAUAUUUUUGAUGAUAUCUUUGUACUAGCCCUCUACAUCUUAGGGAACAUGGUGACUACUCACUCAGUUGAGACAAUCCGUUGCCUUCUGGGACCUGUUUCACCAAAUUUGCAGCAUGCAAGAGGUGAUUUGCAACAUGACUGAAUAUUUUAUUAUUAAAAAAAAAAAAGUAUGACCCAUACUCAGGAGGACUUGCAAGUUUAUCUGCAGUCUGUUGGCACCCAUCAGUUCUGAAAUGUCUCGCCCAUAAGCAGUGCUCACAAAUCGCCUCUGUGACAGGGGCCUCUGGUUUAUUUGAUACAUAUAUAGAUUUUAUAUACAUGUUAGAAGUGUCUUUAAAGUAACUAUGCAGUACAAGUUCCCAAGAAACAGCAAUAUAUAGACUCACACAAAAGUAAUCCCUCGCAAGCAUCACUUUUGACCCACCGGCAGUGUAUGGUGGUGUCUGUAUCUGCAGAGAAGCUGCCCUCUGCCUGUAUAUUCUUAUUUUCUUCUUAUUUUGGUUUGUUUGGGAAGUUUCUGGGUGUCAGCGUUUGGGUAGUAGUGUGUAGCUCCCAGACAUGGUUUGGAAUUCUGUAAAGGAGAAGCAGCCAGGUGACACUGCUGUCUUCAUCUCCUCUGCUCUGUGGAUGCGAGCUGCACCUCUGUUUGUCUGUUUAAUCAAGGGUGAAGUUUAGACGCACACACAGCUGGGAUGGCCAAGUGGACAGGAUGAAGCAUGUGCUUCAGGUGAAUUCACACACAAUGCAGCACCUUUCUGCAGGGUUGUGCAGAGGUGAUGGUGUGUCAAUUUGUAUUUUAGAAUCUGUGAAACAAUCAGAAAAUGUUUCAUUUCUCUGAUUCACUGCUUUGUUCUCGUUAUGCCUUUCUCUUUCUUCAUUCAUGAUCACUGCUGCUGUCUCAGUCACAUUCAUACAGUCUAUGGUCUCAUUGAGCCGAGGAAAUUGAAUGAUGUGUUAACAAACAGUAAGUGACAAAUCCUGCAUAGUAUGCCUUUAAAUGUGACAGUGUGAAGGUUGGACUGGACUAAAGGACAACAGUUUACACUGGAUGAAUAUUUAGUCCACUCUGCUGCCAACAGGUGCUUUCUGUGAUUUGUUAUUUCUUUUUUCUUUUUAUGGAGAAUUAAUCUGUAUGAAAACACUUAUUAUGCUUUAAAGUAGUUAUGAACAGAAGAGUUAUAUAUGAAAAUGUUUUGUAUAAAAGGGAAUAGUUAACACAUUUUGUUAAGACUUAAGACACUGUAACUGACACUGUAAGACAUAAAUAUGUACUGUAUGGUUAAUAAAGAAUAACCAAAACCUACCUCAGACAGAUGCAUAGCAGAAGUCCUGAGUAUUAAUAAUACUCGGGCCAGUUUAUCCGAAUGCACAAAAUAAACCAAGCUGCCGUUGUUCAUGUUAUAAUAUGAAUUGUUCCUGUUAUGCAAAUAAAGUUCCUGCAAGUCG